CGCCGACCGCUCUCGGGAGAACAUAGGCGCACCGCGAACGAGCAGGGAGUCACCGAGCGCUGUUGCGAUGGCGCGAUGAAGACAGAAAGGCGCGCGGCGUUGUGGGCUCUGCUGUCCCUGUGCUGUGCCGCCCUCGCCGCGCCGCGCCGCCUCUACUGCGACCGCGCCGACGUCGCCUGGCGCGCCUACCGCGCGCCGGCCGCCUUCGAGGCGCGCGUCCAGUCGCUCGCCAAAGACGCUGCCACCGUGCAGAUCAAGCGCGUCUUCCGCCACCAGGGACACUGGCCGCACGAGAACGCCGUCAUCCGCCUCAAGCUGCCGCCCGACCACCUCGACUGCUCGGGUCGCUUCGAAGUGCCUCUGAAAAAUAGACGGAACUAUAUCGUGUUCGCCGAGAGGCGCGGCCACUCCGCCGUCGCCCUCGGCCCGCCCAUCAAGAGGACCGGCAAGUUGGUUAAGAGGAUUCGUGCUGUCUACAAGCCGGGUUACAGUAGCCCAGCACGCGUAGAACCAAUGCAGUCUGUGCGGACGACACGAGGCAACCGGGUGCGACUGGAGUGCAAGGCAAGCGCACGGCCACCCCCUCGCAUCUCAUGGUAUAAGGACGGAAAACCCGUCGCCGAUAUCGCGCUGAGGAGAUUCCGGGUGCAGAAUUUCAGGAGGCGCUCGGUACUAGUGAUAAGGCACGCGCGCAGUGAAGACUCCGCAUCGUACGAAUGCAGGGCACAGGGCGCUGUAGGCCCACCGGCCAUCGCCAGCGCUAACGUCAGCGUUCUACCUCCAGUCACAGCUGCGCCUGAUGACGCGACGACGCUGGGCUCGCCAUGUCCGAUGCCCGACCCGUCGUCAUACUGCCUCAAUGGAGGCACCUGUUUGUUCUUCGAAAUCGUUCAGGAACAAGCUUGCAAAUGUCCGGAAGGCUUCAACGGGCAGCGUUGCGAGAACAAGGAUAUUUCGAAUAGAAGCAGUAUGUCCCAUUCCUACACAUGUAAACUGGGCCUCUCGAUCACAUAUUACUGUUAGCCAGCGAAGCGCAGGCGCAUAACCCACCUCGUUCCAAUUUUAAAUUUAAAAUUUUUAGCUCGCGACUUUCCGACGCACUCGGCUGGACUGAGAAAACUUCUACGUUUUACGAGAUAUCUGCAUCUAUUUGUAGAUUAACAUAAUAUUUUUUUAAAUUAUCAAUGUUAAAUACGUUUUUAUAUGUUUCAUAAUUUAUACUAAUGGUAUCGCAAUUUUGUUUGGUAUGCUACCAUUUGUUUUAUGACUACAGUUUUAUAGUUUUCACAGCCCUAAAGCCCAGUGAUUCCAUCGCGAACGUUUGUAGGAAAAAAAAUACGAGAAUAAUGAUUGCAAAUACGAACUGUCACAAAUAUUGCGACAGUGUAUGCUGAAUACUUAGGAUUUAGUAGGCAGCCGUGCGUGGCAUUUGUAAAUAAUAAUUUAAUCAAUCUGUUUUUAUGAACCUCGAGUCUGAAAAUUGAUUUGAAUACGCUAACUUAUUCAUUUAUAUUUGUUAAUAUAUCUAUCACUCUAUAUACUUUUUUUAAUCAGCAACAUUUUAACUGCACGGAGCUUUAAAUUAUUUACGAGUACUUACACUAUAGCCCAAUGAGAUUUUACACUUUAUUUCCACUUAAUAACUAUAAUUAUUUUAUAAUUGAACUGAUUUUUCGUAACAUUUCACGAAUUUCAUCUUUUUUUCUUUCGUGAUAACAGUAAGUCUAUUGUAAGACUUGAAUAUUGUAUGUAUGAACUAUUGCAAAAUGUGUUAUUUCUUUAACAUUUUCCUAGAAGCGAUGACUUUUGCAAUCCAUUAUUUCUUCUGUUAUUGAAGAUGUAAAUAUUUUAAACAUUAUUUGUAAUAUUUGCAAUUUAUUAUUGUUAUUAUUAACUGUAAGGUUUGUGUACGGUUAAGCAACCGCACAUUGUACUUUGAUUUGGCCUAGUUAGAAUACUGCAAAUUAUGUUAAUUUAUAAUAAAAUAUAAGAUAGUCACGUACUCAAGUAGGCCAGUCUUCGGUAUAAUAUCGAGCUCGCGCAACAUUUAACAUUUUAACAUUUUUUAUAACAUUUUUAAUUAAUUUCUUUUUAUUUUAGUGCAUUUUCGUAUUAAAAUACCUUUUUAAACAUUAACAUUUAUUUUAUUAACAUCCAACAUUAACUGUAAGGGUUCAAGCCCUUACAUUUUGGUCCUUCGAGCCGUUAAGUGUAAAAUCAGUGCCGUGGUACGGUUUCACUCGCGGGAACAUUUGAACAUUAAACUCAGACAUUAAUCAGAACAUUCAACAGAACAUUACAAACAGUGUGAUCAGUGAUAAUCAGUGAGAGUACACAGAACGAGGUGAAGUAUAAGCAGCAGGCAGUAAGCAGCGAAUCCGGUGAGCACGUUCCAUAUUACCUAAAUUUCUAAAAUUUUGGAUUUGUGAACCGCGAAACAACAAUGUCUUCUUACGAUGCUUUACUUGACUCUCAAUCGGACAAUCUUAACGCUAUUAAACGUAUAAAUGAAAACUUUAAGAAAGAUAGUCCUACACGAAAAACCACUCUUGAGUAUCACGAUGAAAGACUUCAGAAGCUGGAGGAGUAUUGGAGUGACUUUAAAAACAACGACAUCCAAUUAGCCUUAUUUGAAGGCAAGAAGUCUGGACCUUAUUAUGAGAAUCGCGUUUACGAGCGCUUGGAACAAAUAUACGAAGAGACGAAGAGUAUGAUAAAUAAGUCGAAACAAAGAUUAUUGGCGAAAAUCGAAGACGAUAAAUUUACUUCGUUUACUCAGUUGCAACAACAAGAAGAAAGGUCGAGUGCUCAAGAGGUGGUUAAAGAACAACGGGAACGAGAAGAGGUCACAUAUGAUGUGAAGAACACGACGUCAAAUGAAGAGUUAGUCGUUGAUCAACGGACUAAAGAUAUGUUAAAUGAGCAGCGGUCAAACAUCAAGGCGUUUGAGCGAACAAUACGUAACAUGGACAUUGAAAAUUUGAAAGAAAAGUGGCAACUUGAAGAUAAAUUGAGGUCAGUUACGCAACGUUGGGAAAAAGUCGAUACGACGUAUUGGAAGCUGGAUAACAUAUUAGUCAACAUGCAAGCAUUUGAAAGUGAUUAUAACAGACUAGAAAGGCUGUAUGAAUUCAGUAAGGAACAAAUUAACAAGAAGAUUUGGGAGAACAAACACCAGGAAAAAUCCACGCCUCAAAUUGAACUACCGAUUUUCAGUGGCAGCUAUGCCCAGUGGACAACAUUUAAAGACUUGUUCGUGGAAAUCGUGCAUCGUAACACUUUUAUUUCUAACGCUCAAAAAAUGCAACAUUUAAAGGCAAAGUUAAAGGGAGAGCCCGAGCGAUUAAUACAGCACAUGAACAUUAGUGCUGACAACUACGAAGCCAGUUGGCGGAUUCUUCAGCAGAGGUACGACAAUAAGAGACUGUUAUUUACCUACCAAGCCAACAUGUUACUGAGUCUACCCAGCAUACAAACCCCAACGGCAUCACUACUGAAAAGAAUGCAUGACACAACCAUUGAGUGCCUUCAGGCUAUUCAGAACCUGAAAUAUGAUACUUCCAGUUGGGAUCCUUUAGUGGUUCACAUUUUAAUGCAAAAGCUAGACGCAGACACAUGCCAGUCCUUCAAAGAAUCCAUGGAAAAACCAAAGGAAAUGCCAUCAUUAAACGAGUUACUGAAAUUCAUCGAAACAAAGUUUAUGUCAAUGGAAUCGGGUGCAAAUCCGAACCGCCCGCGGAACUCUAACAGUCAACAGCAAAACACUCAGCCGAAAACAGUACAUAAUGCAACAUACAGCAAGCCUAAAGCGCAGCAACAGACCAGUCCAGGUGGAGCUAAGAACAUGCCGAGAACAUACCACAACAAACAAACAUCUCAUCAUUCUUUUAUAACUUGUCCUAAAUGUAAUAAGCAACACGGUCUCUAUAAUUGCAGAGAAUUUUUAAGUAUGUCACCAGACGAAAGGUUAAAAACCGCUAACAACCUACAUGUAUGUCUAAAUUGCCUGUUUAGUCAUAACGGCGAAAAAUGCACGUCGGAAAAAAGGUGCAAGCACUGCGAUGAGUCGCAUAGCAGCAUUUUACAUGACGCGAUUGGACUUGCGAAAUCGAAAACUAACAGAGUUAAUGUAGGUCAACAAGUAAACACGCAUUUAGCUCAUGACAACUCGAAUGAGGUAUUACUAGCCACUGCCCAGGUCAAGACAAUAGCCAAUGACGGAACUAUUGUCAUUUUACGCGCUUUAUUGGACCAGGGCUCUCAGGUCAGCAUCAUUACAGAAAAUGCUGCACAAAAAUUGCAGUUAAAACGGGAAAGGAUGAGCGCGGUGGUGUCAGGUGUUGGUGCUUCAGCCACCACCAACUGUAAAGGAGUGCUCCAUCUCAAAUGCCAAGCGAUAUACAACAAUUUUAACAUUAACAUUAAUGCGUUUAUUAUGAAGAAAAUAACAAACAAACUGCCAAGUAAGACAAUAAAUAAAGAUAGUUUUGAACAUUUACAACAUUUGCAACUCGCUGAUCCAGAUUUUAACAUAUCUCAGAAUAUAGAUUUACUAUUGGGAGCAGAGGUAUAUUCUGAAAUAUUGUUAGAGGGGCUACUAAAAACAAACACGUCAUCCGUUAUAGCACAACAAACACAUUUAGGCUGGAUAGUAUGUGGUAAUUACAAAACAUUUAAUUGCCAUGUAAUUGUCAACAACAUUCAGGAUCUUGCCCAAUUCUGGGAACAGGAGUCUUUGCAAGAAGAGAAAGAAGAUUUCGACCCAGACAACAAGUGCGAACAGCUGUACAAAGAGACAACAACGCGACUUCCUGAUGGACGAUACCAAGUUCGUCUCCCCCUCAAGGACAAUUUUAUUGAACAAUUAGGAACAUCGAAACCACAGGCCAUCGCUCAAUUUCAACAGCUAGAGCGAAGGAUGGUUAAAAACUGUGCGUUUGCAAAGAAUUAUAAGGCCUUUAUGGAAGAAUAUGAAGAAAUGGGUCACAUGGAGAAAGUCGUAAACAACACUGAGAACAACAACAUGGAAUAUUAUCUUCCACACCAUGGGGUAGUGCGGCCAGGUGCUAUCACAACGAAACUUAGAGUUGUGUUCAAUGCAUCGGCGAAAACAAGUUCAAAACGCAGUCUUAAUGACUUAAUGGAGGCAGGACCGAACCUACAAAAAGAUAUUUUUAGUAUCUUGCUGAAAUGGAGACAAUACAAAUAUGUCUUAACAUCAGACAUUGAAAAAAUGUAUCGAUUUAUAAUGGUGCAUCCAGAACAUCAACCUCUACAGAAAAUAGUGUGGAGGGAUUGUCCACAGCAACUGCUAAGAGAAUAUCAACUAUGUACAGUUACCUAUGGUACCAAGGCCGCUCCAUUCUUAGCACUCCGAACACUUCAACAGCUAGCAAAGGACGAAGGUGACAGGUACCCGGAGGCUAAAAACAUCCUACUCAACCAAUUUUUUGUAGAUGAUGCGUUAUUCGGAAAGGAUACCAUGGACGAGGUCCGAGAUACAAGAGACCAACUUAUACAGUUAUUAAAGGAAGGAGGGUUCAAUCUCAGAAAAUGGUCGAGUAACGAACGUCAACUGCUAGAAGAUCUGCCAGAACAUAUGAUUAGUCCAGUCAGUU